AUGUUCAUUCACGACACCGCGGAGAACGAUACUUCGGAUUUUGCAAGGGAAGGGUGGUAUACUGAUGCACUAGAAUAUUGGUCAGAAACGCCAGCUACUAUAAACGGCAUGCUUGGUGGCUACGGUUCGGUUACAAACGUUGAGACAAAAGGUUCUAUGGAGUUCAUGUCAGAAUACAUUCGUGGAAAGAAAGGUGCUAAAAACAUUCUCAAAGUUCCUCCACGAAUAGACAUUCAAUAUGCAUGUGAUUGUGGUGCAGGCAUAGGAAGAGUCUCAAAACACUUUUUAUUAAAGGUUUUUAACAAAGUCGACUUGGUUGAAUAUACACCAAAAUUCAUUAAGCACGCCGAAAAUGUAUAUUUAGCUAACGAAAAGAGAAAUGGAAGAAUUGGAAAGUUUUUAUGUUUAGGAUUACAAGAAUUUGAACCAGAAGAGGGAAAAUAUGACUUAAUAUGGUGUCAAUGGGUCCUUGGACAUUUGACGGAUGAUGAUCUGGUGAAGUUUUUUCGGAGGUGUAAAAAAGGAUUGAAACCCAAUGGAUUAAUCGGCGUGAAAGAGAACGUUGCUAAAUUUGGUUAUUGUUUCGAUAAAGAUGAUAGCAGCGUCACGAGAUCAGACGAGAUUUUUAAAGGCUUAUUCCAAAGAGCUGGAUUGAGAUUGCUUAAAGAGGCGACACAACAUGGAAUGCCUGAUGGAUUAUAUGAAGUGAAAAUGUAA